ACGUGGGGACCCGCGGGCUCCGGGCUGCUCUUCGCCGUCCGCCGCUCCGCUCCCGUCCGCCCGACAGCAGGUCCCGGGUCCCCGUUCUCCGACGGCGGAGAGGCCCGCGCGGCGAACUCAGAAACAAAACCCAAGAAAUGCCUCAUUCCACAAACAAAGAACUGAUACUUGGCAUCAUGGUGGGAACUACUGGAAUCAGCUUGCUUCUUUUGUGGUACCACAAGGUUCGUAAAUCAAGGACAACAUUGAAUUUACCUAACUUUCUUUCCCUGGAUAAUAAGUUUGAUUCCGUGACUUUUCAAGAUGAAAUGUGUAAUGGCCAAGGAACAGCCGCAAUCUUUCAAGGAAGGCAGCUUCAGAUAUUGGAGAAGUUAAACGAAUUACUGACAAAUAUGGAAGAACUCAAAGAGGAAAUCAGAGUUCUUAAAGAAACCAUUCCAAAGCUGGAGGGAUAUAUACAAGGUGAACUUGGAGGGAGGAUAACUGUUCAUAAGAUAAGUCCUCAGCACAGAGGUAGAAAAAGAAGGCUUGCCACAGUUCAAAGUUCUGGAACAAGCAAUAGUUCAGAGGAAGCAGAAAGUGAAGGAGGGUAUAUUACAGCUAAUACUGACACAGAAGAACAGAGUUUUCCAGUCCCUAAGGCAUUUAACGCACACAUAGAGGAAUUAAAUUUAGAUGUCCUUCUUCAGAAGGCUGAUAAUUUACGUAUGAAUGAAUGUAGCAAGAUGGAGAGUUUUGAACUACUUUGUGAUCACAAAGAAAAGUUUAGAGAUGAAAUAGAGUUUAUUUGGCGGUUAGCUCGUGCUUACGGAGACAUGUAUGAGCUAUCUACUAACGCACAAGAAAAGAAACAUUAUGCUAAUAUCGGUAAGUAUGCGGUUUUGUGUGGCUAUGUAUCUGAGUUUGAGGGCUUACAAAACAAAAUCAACUAUGGACAUCGCUUCAAGGAACAUCUAGAUAAAGCAAUCCAAUUUUUACCUGAAGAACCCUUUUUGUAUUACCUCAAAGGAAGAUACUGUUAUACUGUCUCGAAACUGAGCUGGAUUGAGAAAAAGAUGGCUGCUACUCUGUUUGGAAAAAUACCAUCCUCAACUGUAGAAGAAGCUUUGCAAAAUUUCCUUAAGGUUGAAGAACUACACCCUGGUUUUUCUAAGUCCAAUUACUUGUUCUUGGCCAAGUGUUACAUCGAUCUUGAACAAACAGAUGACGCUAUGAAGUUUUGUAAUUUGGCCGUGUUGCUUCCUUGUGUUACCAAAGAGGAUAAAGAUGCACAGAAAGAAGUGAAAAAAAUAAGCACUUCCUUGAAGAGGUAAAUAAAAGAACUUACUCUUCAACAAAUCAGAUGUGGUCUACUAAACUUCAAACUAAUCCGAGUUGUGUUUUUUUAAUUAUCUUUUUUUCUUUUUUGAUGUAAGGGUAGUAUGCUCAGAUUUGAAGGUAAAACCACGUUUCUGCAGAAUGCAUUCCAAUAGUAGCGCAACAAAACUGAUCAUGUUGUUGGGAGAAAUCAAGUUCCCAUAAUGUCAGUACAAAAUUAUCUUUAAACAUGUAUGAUUUAUAUUUUUCCUAUCAAUAAACUAUAGUCUUCAGAGUAUUUCUUUAAAG